AUGGUAGCCUUCUGUGCUAGCUCUGCUAGACUAGCUCUACCUACACUUCUGCGCAACGUGUAUCGCUCCGAAUUUACCUCUGAGCUUCAUUCCUCCCGUCUCAUCUCUCUGCGCCGGGCGUCUCACUCCCAUCAGCUUUGUAACAAUGGCCGGAGUUUUGCUUCCGUCUCGAGACUACUUGCCUCCCAGCCAGGACCGCAUGCGAAUUCGCAACAGCCGUCGCAACCGGCCAUCACAGAAUCAAGUUCAGAGCAACUAGAUGCCACUGUAUACGGUUCUGUUAGUGAAACCCCUGCAAAGGAUACGACAAUCCAUCGUGAUCGACGGGACCCAAAUAAACCCGCUCGAAAGGCGAAGAAGACGAAGUUUUCCUCAUCACAAGCAGAACCCGAUGCAAACUCAGUCAAAUCCUCCCGCGAUAAGAAACAUGUGCGCAGUGACCGAACCUCCCCGGAUUACAAACCCAAGAAAAAGGAGCACUGGCAAAUUCAAAAAGAUGCCUUGAAGAAGAAAUUCAAAGAGGGAUGGAACCCAUCAAAAAAGCUUUCGCCCGACGCUCUUGAGGGUAUUCGCCACUUACAUGCCGUAGCUCCGGACAAAUUUACAACUCCUGUUCUUGCCGAGCAAUUCCAGGUAUCUCCAGAAGCUAUUAGACGUAUUUUGAAAAGCAAAUGGCGUCCUUCCGAAACAGAAAUGGAGGACCGGCGCAAACGAUGGGAAAAGCGGCAUGAUCGAAUCUGGAGUCAUCUAUCAGAGCUGGGUCUCCGACCGAAAACAAAACGCACGGAGGCCUUAGACGAUUCAAACAUACUGUAUGGUAAGGGCGAAGAAGGCAACAAACCAUCAGAGUAA